UUGUUGUAGGGUCAGCAUCUACACCUGUCAUAAAGGUGAUGUCAAAUGUCAGCAGCAGGGUGGUGUUACAGUGUGAGUCUGCAGGCUGGUAUCCAGAGCCUGAGCUGCUGUGGUUGGACGGUGAGGGAAACCUCCCCUCUGCUGGACCUACAGAGACCCUCAGAGGUCCUGAUGACCUCUAUACUGUCAGCAGCAGAGUGACUGUGGAGAAGAGACACAGCAACAACAUCACCUGCAGAGUCCAACAGAGGAACACCAACCAGAGCAGAGAGACACACAAACAUGUUCCAGGCUCUGCUGUCACAAAACAACCAUCGGCCACUUUCAUCAUCGUGAUCGUUUGCCUGCUGUACGUUGGUGCAGUUAUCGCUUUUGUCUGGAAUUUCAUACUAUCAAAAAAACCUGACACCAAGGUGAAUGAAACUGAGCUAAAAACAAUGAAACAAAAACGCAGCAGAGCUCCUGCUGACGACACCGAGACCAAAGAAAUGAAAGAAGAGCCGCCAUCAGAACAGCUGGAAGACGACACAUCUGCUGUUGACAUGAGUGAGGUGAUCAAAGAGGGCGAGGAAAACCAGGAAACAGAGACUCAGAGUACGGCACAGCCAUCCUUCACCAGCAGUGAAAACUAAAGAACAAGAAGCUCUCUGAGAGCACAAACCUCAGGCAGCUCACUGUCUGUGCAGUGCUUACUUUUAAGUAAGAAUAGUUUUGUAUUUUUAUAUAACAUUACACUGGAGUAGGAUAAUAAGUAUUUGUAAAUAAAUGGACAUUAAUGACUUGAACCUAUUAUGUAAUAUUACACUGCUGUAUAUUUAUAACUAACAUUUAUUUAUGACUAACUCAUUCAUUCUCCUGACAAUACUUUAAAGAUUUAACACAUUUUGGGGUCAACGUGAAAGAAAGACAGACGUGAAAUGUAAAAGUGAGGUCAGAGGUCAAAUGUGACAUCAGAUUUUAAAUGUACUUUCUACAUGUUCAGAAUACACAGAAUCAUAAGUUUUAAGGCUUUUCUUUUGUUUGUUUUCCACCAGUAAACCAUCAAACAUGACCCCACUCUGAAUCCCUGAAAAGUUUUAUCAGAAUUCAUUCAAACCUUUCCAGCUCUGGUUUACAGAUGCACUGACCCACAGAGACGAUCAGAGGAUGGUAGAAAAGUCCAAACUCUUGAUGUUUUUAACUGCGUUUCACUUUCAGAAGUUACUGUUUUUGUUUUUGAUUAUUGGCUGACAAUUCAUUUCACUUUUCUUUAUGCAGCACCAAAUCACAUCAGCAGUUAACUUCCAGUUAGGUUAACACAUUACAUUGUGUGUUCCCACUAGAGGGAGCUACGUAGCAAUCUGUUGCUAUGACACCAGGAUAAAGCAAGUGGUGUUUACAGCACAGCAACGAGCCAGGAGAUAAAAAGAUGUUCAGAAAUAUAAAAUGUGGAACUUCCUGUUGAUGUGACCUUCCUCUUGUGCAUUUGGUUUUGUGGUUCUUCUUUGGGCGUCGAAUGUAUCUCUGUCAAAGCUGAUGGAUGGUUACAGGGUCAUGAUUGUUGAUUUGUUGAUGCCAUCACAAUCAGAUGUUUCCAAAGACACCAGUGUGUGUUUUUAAAUGAGUCAGUGUGGGUCCUGUUUAAAGCCACAUUUAUGGGCCAUCCAGGCACUAUGUGUUUGUUUUUGUGUUGUGCAGGAGUCUGUUGUUUCCGAUGAUUUUGUAAAUGAUUUCUGUUU